UGUUAUGGUGGCAUAAUAUAAAGAGCUUCCAUCCAAUCCACUAACCCUAUUAGUUUUGUCGCUCGGUUGUUCAGUCACCGGCACACGGAAGUUUCACUCUCAGUUUAUUUUCCCCAAAUUGUUUUUUUAUCUAACAAAUUUACGUUGCAGCCUCUCUCGGAACCCUAACCCUAUCCCUGUCCCCGAUCCCCCACUUCGCAAUCUUCUUCUCAGUCUUUCCUUUCGCAGCUAAUGGCAGAAACAAAGGACGAAGCUUACGAGGAAGAGCUUCUCGACUACGAAGAGGAAGAAGACAAAGCUCCCGACACCAACGGAGCUAAAGUCAACGGUGAAGCUACCAAGAAGGGCUAUGUCGGAAUCCACAGUUCAGGCUUUAGAGACUUUCUUCUCAAACCAGAGCUUCUUCGGGCUAUUGUCGACUCAGGAUUUGAACAUCCAUCUGAAGUGCAACAUGAGUGCAUACCUCAAGCAAUCCUAGGAAUGGACGUAAUUUGUCAAGCGAAAUCUGGAAUGGGAAAGACUGCUGUCUUUGUUCUCUCAACUUUGCAGCAGAUUGAUCCUGUUCCAGGUCAAGUAUCUGCACUCGUUCUGUGUCAUACAAGAGAACUAGCUUAUCAGAUAUGCCAUGAGUUUGAGAGGUUUAGUACCUACUUAACCGAUCUGAAGGUUGCUGUCUUUUAUGGUGGGGUUAAUAUCAAAGUUCACAAGGAUCUGUUGAAAAAUGAGUGCCCUCAAAUUGUUGUCGGAACGCCUGGAAGAAUACUAGCAUUGGCUAGGGAUAAAGAUCUGUCUUUGAAGAAUGUUAGACAUUUUGUUUUAGAUGAAUGUGAUAAGAUGCUCGAAUCACUAGACAUGAGGAAAGAUGUUCAAAACAUUUUCAAAUUGACUCCCCAUGAUAAGCAAGUUAUGAUGUUUUCAGCAACACUCAGCAAGGAAAUCCGCCCAGUCUGCAAAAAGUUUAUGCAAGAUCCUAUGGAAAUUUAUGUUGAUGAUGAAGCCAAGUUAACCCUUCAUGGACUUGUUCAGCACUACAUCAAAUUGAAAGAGGAGGAGAAAAACCGCAAAUUGAAUGAUCUUCUUGAUGCUCUAGACUUCAACCAAGUUGUUAUCUUUGUGAAAAGUGUUAGUAGAGCUGCUGAGCUGGACAGACUACUCAUAGAAUGCAAUUUUCCAUCUAUAUGCAUUCACUCUGGCAUGUCCCAGGAAGAAAGGUUAAAGCGUUAUAGAGGUUUCAAGGAGGGGCAUACAAGGAUUCUUGUUGCUACAGAUUUGGUUGGUAGAGGGAUUGACAUUGAACGUGUCAAUAUUGUUAUAAACUAUGACAUGCCUGAUUCUGCAGACACUUACUUGCACAGGGUUGGCCGUGCUGGAAGAUUUGGUACCAAAGGCCUUGCAAUCACAUUUGUUUCAUGUUCUACUGAUGUUGAUGUUCUCAACAAUGUUCAGUCAAGGUUUGAAAUAGAUAUAAAGCAGCUUCCUGAGCAGAUUGAUACUUCUACCUACAUGCCAUCGUAGAGGGCAACAUUUGAGCUGUUUGGAUGGUAUGGGUGCCUCAUCUCCUGAAUUUGUCGCAGAGUAUUCUGGAAAGUGCAACCGAUGAUUUGAUCAUGCUGAUUCCAGGUCCUUUUAUGCAGACUAGGCCACUUUACUAAUGUUAGAUACUCUGUAGACGUUGCUUCAAUGUGUUGUACUUUCCGUUUUAAUGUUAUGUUUGCUUUAUUAUGUGGUUGAGUUGGAUAUACUUAUAACUCAAGGGGCUAAGUUGAAUAUCUUGCUGGUUUUGUGACA